GUCACUGCUCACCCGUAGCUCGGCAUACGGUGCGCAUUGCGAUGCUCGUCCUCCACCUCAUGACACUUGACGCCCAUCAAAUGCUUGGAUUCGGCUUGCCCCCAGACUUGGGGAGGGGGCGCCGGGUAACUGGGUAAGUAUGGGUAUGGUUGCGUGCUUACAAGAGAGGACAACCCGAGCGUGCAAGCGCGCAGGAGUCAUCAAAUGCUGCCUGCGCGGACCAGCACGGGGGCACGCUUAGGGCUGCCAAGAACGGCCAAGACACCCCCCAUACAGCCUACGCGGACCAGCGUAGUGUCCGCGUCGUGCUCCUGGUCUGUAAUCUGGGCCCCACAAGCAUACAUGCUUUAUUCGAAGCUCUGCACUCAACAGAGCCUGGACCCAGCCCGCGAGAAGCGCGGCCAGGUCAAACCCGAGCAGGCGUGGCAUCGAGUUCGGGGCAGGGGGCUGUCGCCUGUCGGACACCAGCAAUGACGAAUUUUGCACUGCCAACGCCAAGCUUCACAGUUAACCCAUACAACUUCGUCGGCACACUUCUGUUAGGUUUGUUACGCGCUUUAAGGCACUUCGCUCCAAGCCGAGAUUGCAUUAUACAGGUUCUCCAAGAAGACUCUAUUAUCUGAAUUUGCGAUGCGGUGGUAUUGAUAUACUAGUGCUCUGUAUCCGCAAAGGGCACCAAACCAGGCAUAAUGGCGUCGGGACUCGCGGGCCUGUAUAAUAAGCUGGUGCAGCUCCUCCAAACUGCCCCUCGCGGAGCCCUGUCGAUCACUGGCAUCCUAGGCCUAGCUCUACUAGUUUACGGCUACCUGCAGCUGCGGGACACCAACCGGGCGGAGCAGCAGCGGAGAGAGCAGCAGGCGCGCGAGCGGCAGCGUGUCGCCGGUACGCCAGCAGGCGCGGGCGCCGCAGCUGCGCCACGCGCUGCUGCGCCCUCCUCGGCCGCGGCCGCGCCCGCUGCCGCCUCCUCCCCAGCCACUUCCGCCUCCCCCGCGCCCCGCGCCUCCGCCGGCGCUUCCGCCACGCCGCUGGGCCGCGCCGUGGCGGCGCAGCUGGCCGGCGCCAAGCGCGUCACGCUCAGCAUCCCGGGCGUGCUGCUGGCCGAGUCCAGCCCCGCGCAGCUGCAGGAAUCUGCCAGCGUGCAGCUGGAGGCGCUGGAGGCGGUGCGGGAGAUGGCGCGCGUGUCUGACGUGUACCUGCUGGCGCACGUGGAGGACGAUGUGGGCGAGGCGGUGGUGGCGGGCGCGCUGGAGGCGGCGGGGCUGCUGGGGGCGGGCGCGGGGCAGGUGGCGCCGCACCACCUGCUGUGCUGCUCCACGCUGGAUGGCAAGGUGCCCAUCGUGCGGCAGUUGGACCCCGACCUGCAUGUGGACGGCCACGCGGUGUCGGUGGAUGAGCUGAAGCGUUUCCUGCCGCGACUGCUGCUGGUGCGGGAGGACGCCGGCAGCGGCAGCGGGGGCAGCGGCAAUGUGGGGCUGGCGUCGUCACUGAGGGCCUUCUUUGGCGCCUGAGCGCACCGUGUGUGGGGCUGGCGGCUUGGCGGCUUGGCGGCUUGGCGGCUUGGCGGCUUGGCGGCUAGGAGGCGUAGGCCAGCGCGCUUCAGGGCCUGCUGCUGUGCAGGUGGUGCCUUGACCUGUGGGGUGGUGGCAGUGCUGUGAGGCGUUGUGAGUCAUGGGCUGCAGCUGGUGGGAAGCGGCACAGGGAAGGUAGCGGCGGAUGACAUGGCAGCUCCAGAGAACCCGGGAGUGGUCAUGCCUGCUCGAUAGAGAGUGCAUGUCGUGCUAGAUGCAGAGGUGUACGUUUGCUAUAAGUGCUGGGCUAGCUGGCAAGCAGGAGUGUGCACUCCCUGCCACCACUGGUAUGGAAAGGGGUGGGAGAGGUUCAGGAGUUUCAUGUAUUAUCCAGGUAGUUCUGGAGGGCGAGGCGCAAGGUGCCGCUGGGCUGCGUGAGAUGCGGAGGCGUUGGGGUUCGGCAUCGCUGCAGCAUGGGGUGUGGCGCGCUCGCGCUCUGGCCUCUGGCCUCUGCGCGACCAGGCUGAAUGCUGGUGCAGUUGCGGCUUUGCCAGCCCGGCUGCCAGUGCUACCUGGCGCCAUCAUGGACGGGGUGCAACCUUGAGGACUCGGUCCGGCCCUUCAAGAUGGGACUCGGGCGAUGCAACGCAAGGGCUGAUGC